UAAUAUAUAGGUUUCACUUUCUGAACUGAGUGACAAAAAAUAUUGACCUUUUUCAUGAUAUUCUAAAUUUUGAGAUGUACCUGUACACAUCUAUGUGUAUCCACUCAUGCACAUUUCAAUCAAAUGGUCUGUAAAUGAAGACUGGUCAGAAAAAAAAAAAUCUAACCUGCUUUAAAACCCAGCUACACAACUGUAGCUGUACAACCACCCAACAGCAACACUGCUUUAACAAAGAGUUAUAUAUAUUUCCACAAUUCAUUUACAUCGUUUUAAUAUGCAUUUACACCAUUGUCCAGGCUCCUCCCUCCUGUGUGCAAUGCAUUGUGGGCAAUAUUACCCAUUAGAGUGUGCAUCGUUCUGCACUUUGAAUUUCUACCGGAAGUAGUAGACCAUCCAGGAAUUUUUGGAAUACUCUUUUCAGUAUACUACGAUUUGGGGCAUACUAAUUCUAUUUUUGAAUACUAUUUAGGACACAUAGUAUGAGAAUUUGGACACAGCAUACGUUUUUGUGUGUUAACUAACAUCAUUACCAUUAUCAUUAUACGUGGUGUAUAAUAUACAAAGCAUAUAUUCGUCCAUUUUGUCAGCAACUGAGCAAUUGAGUUCAAAAAAUUAUGGAAAAUCACUGAACUUUACAACACGUGACGCUACAAGAGUGAAAAAAAUCAUCCUAUGAUUAAUGUAACUACUUUCUACUCAAUGACCUUGAUAGAAAUGUAGUGGAGUAAAAGUAGAGUAUUUGUCUUUCAAAUGUAUUGAAGUUAAAGUAAAAAGUAUCCAGAAAAAAUAAUACUCAAGUAAAGUACAGAUACUCAAAAAGUGUACUUAAGUACAGUACUCAAGUAAAUGUACUUCAUUACUGUCCACCUCUGUAAAGAUAUAAUUACUGUAUAUAAACAUCAGCAUCUGAAGCAUGUAAAUGUGGUUGAAUUAACAGUUUAAUGAGCCGUGUGUAAUUAGCAGCUAUACAUUUAUCCUUGAUAGUUUGUUACAUUAGAUUUUUUUUUUUUUUUUUGCCAAAAUGUCUGACCUGGGUUUUUUUCUCCGUUUGGAACGCCGCCCACACAAUGCUGCCCACCACUGUAAACCACUGUGCAAUUUCUUUGUAGGUUGUCCUCAAAGAAGGCAGUCAAAAUGUCCAACGACGCUGAGCCUGACCCAAAGAUGCAGCCCAUGUCUGCGGGAAACGGUGAUGCCAGCUCUGCUUUGGCUGUGAAAAACGGCAUCAUGAAGGUCAAGAAACCUGAAGAGCAGGAAUCCAAAUUCACUGGACUGUCUAAAGAGGAGCUGUUUAAAGUUUCCAGAACACCAUGCUGGGUGCGAGCCAGAUGGGCGCUCCUCAUCCUCUUCUGGCUCGGUUGGCUUGGCAUGCUGGCCUGUGCCAUUGCCAUCAUCGUACAGGCUCCUCGGUGCAAGCCGCUUCCUGAGAUGAACUGGUGGGAUUUUGGACCCCUGUACCAGAUUGGAGAUGUUGAAGCAUUUGUUGGACCUUCUGGCCUUAAAGGUUUGGUGGUGAAGGUUGCUUCUUUGGGACAACUGAAGGUGAAGGGUCUGAUUGUUGGUCCUAUUCAUGUGUCUGCUGCUGAUCAACCUGACAGCCUGAAUUUGACAGAGAUUACCCCUGCUGUUGGCAAUCUGACUGAUCUGGAGGCAGUUAUUAGUACAGCACACAAGAAGGGCAUCUCUGUGGUUUUGGAUCUGACCCCUAACUACAAAGGAUCUGAGCCGUGGUUCUCUAAUACAUUGGUGACAAAUGUGGCAGAAAAAGUCAAGGUUGCCACUGAUUACUGGUUGACUAAAGGUGUUGAUGGUAUCCUGCUAUAUGGUGUUGAUAGUGUUGACACUGUUGUACCAUCAUUUUGGACUAGCAUAAGGGAGAUUGUCAGUAAUCACACUAAAGAGGAGAAGAAAGUAAAGAAGAAAAGAGUCUUAAUUGGAGCUACCAAGACCACAUCUUCUGAUGAGGUGAACAAGCUGUUGAAUGGCACUGGUGUGGAUUUGCUCCUUUCUAACGUCCUGAGAUAUAAAUCUGGUGCUGAGUUUGGUCAGGUUGUGCAGGAUCUCUACUCCCAGAAGCAGACCCGACUGGCUUGGAACUUGGGUCACCGUGUCAAGGGACACUUGGCCAAUAUUGUGGAGUCUGUGACUAUCAAGAUGCACCAGCUGUUGCUGCUUACCUUGCCUGGUGCUCCCAUCUUCAACUAUGGUGAUGAAAUUGGACUAAAGGAUAGGAAUACAGUCUUUCCGGUGAUGAUCUGGGACACGACAGACACAAAUGAGACUAAGACCGAGGUAGAACAGAGGAAAUCUCUCUGCACAUUCUUCGAGACUGUGAGUGGCCUGAGAGGGAAGGAACGCUCCCUACUGCAUGGAGAUUAUGUGCUUCUGUACAGUGAUGCUACUACUCUCGCUUUCUUGCGGGCAUGGGACCGAAGCGAACGCUACGUAGCUGCAUUCAACUGGUCUCCUAAUGAUCCAGUCACACUGCAACUGAAACAUGAAAUGCUUCUUGAGAAAGCCACAGUUAUUGUUGAUACUAACAAGGAAAAAGUGGCCCCUGAUCAGUCCAUGAACUUGACCCAGUUAGUCCUGGAGCCACAACAAGCUGUUUUGCUUAAAUUUCCACAGGCAUGUACGGUAGGCAAUAAGCAUGAUGUGUGCUUUACUUGAUCUGCCUCUCUUCAUACCCUGAUGUGCGAGCUAGCCUAUCAGUGCAGUGCGAUCAGUUUUCAUCUUUUUUAAAUAGAUAAUAACGAACUCUUGAUGAAGGCAAAAGUAUAAACCCAGAGAUUCCACAGUAGUCCUUUAGGUCCAAAUAUUAAACUUUGAGUUUUAAGCACAAUAUAUUGGUAAAAUUAUAUGAUGAAAUCUAAUAAUAAUAUAAUAAUAUUAUAAUAAUAAUAAUUAAUAAAAAAUAAUAUUAUAUUUAUGAUGUACAGGAUUUCCACUGGGCACUGAAAAGCAUUAUGUUAUAAAAGUAUUAUAUUAUAUUCCUAUAUAUUUAUACUUGCUAUUACAAAAUUUGUACAGUAGUGUGAUAAACACUGGCCUCUGUCCAGCGCAGAAUUGCAGUAAUGCCAGAUGUUUGGACAGCGCUUGAACUUGAAGCUUGAAGUAAUGCAGAAAGUAAAUUUUGCAAAGAAAUAGGAAAGUGCAGUUUCCAGCAAAACUGACAAGAUAAGUGGAAGAUAAAAAUGAAGGACGUCGUUGCAGACCGUUGCUGGUCAACGUGGACAAAUUGGCAAUGUUUAUAUAAAAAAAAAAAAAGUAUAUAAGCUAUGUACGAUGGGUGUCAAUGCCGUUAAUUUUCAUAUGCAGUACCAUAGGGACAAAUCAGCUGUAAAAGCCAGUCUCAAAGACAAAAUAACCUCAGACACCACAACUGCUGCUGCCACUACCGAAGGACAAUCGAAUGGCCUUCGAGCAGCAUAUGGUUUGAAUGUGACGGUGGUGUGUGUGUGCCUGUUAGACCUGAAUCAUCUCUUUUCUAUUAGUAUGGAUGGCCCAAAUAUGAACUUCCUCAAUAAUCUUCAGCAAGAACAUAAUGAACUAUACUGUACUACACAAUUUACUCAAUACUGGCUUCUCCACAUAAUAUUGAGAAGCUGUUAAAAGCGAUGCACUUUGUUUUUCCACAGUGUCCUUGCAAGAAGAGAGGAUUAUACCAAAUUUAUUGGCUCAGCUCUUUUUUCACUCCCAUUCUGUGGAUACAGAUGGGUGGUAAAUCUGCCUGUUGCAGAGAGCGCCAUUUGUUGAGGGCCAGAGACUUGUCAGGGGGUUCUCAAAAUGUGCCUUGCAAUUACUGGCUUUUGUAGCCUCAGCCAGAACCAGAUAGAGGAUCUACCAUAAAGAAAGAGAGCUCGUCAGCUUUGUCAGUGUCUUCCCUCAGGCAAUCAGGUGUCUCAACAGAGAACUGCGCCUAUAUAGCAAAAGACAAAGUAAUAAUGUAUGCAUUGCAAAGAAUAUGUGAAGAAUUUUUUUUAUUUAUUUUUAUAUCAUUUAUUUAUUUAUGCAGUUAAUGCAAAGAUCAAAAUGCUGACAAACAGUAGUUUUAUAUGGCCAGAUUACGCCUAUAAAGUAAUUAUUUAUGAUGUAGUACAGAAUUAUAAUAUAUUAUAAUUUACAUAUUAGGGCAGGAUGGUGGGUUAGUGGUUAGUGCUGUUGACUCACAGCAAGACGGUUCGAAUCCCGGGUUCGAACAGGCAGGGACCUUUCUGUGUGGAGUUUGCAUGUUCUCCCCGUGCCUGUCCAGGGUGUCCCACUGCCUUUUGCCCAAUGUGUCCUGGGAUAGGCUCGAGCAGAUCCCCAUGACCCUAAUUAGGAAUAAAGCGGGUAUAGAAAAUGAAUGAAUGAAUUUAGUGUUCUUUACCAGGACAGUGAAAUAUCAAGCUGCUACACAGUCACUGUCACUGCAAUACAGUAUUUUAAACAAUCUAGCUAAUGUUCAUGGCUCUAGCUCUUGAUCCUGCCUUUUAUAAAAUCUAGAUUUUCUAUUGAUGGACUGCCUCCUUCUGGCCAUCAGCAGAAAUGCACUUUUUUUUUAAUGAAAUUAAACUUGAUUUAGGUGAAGGAGCAUGCUGAGACACUUGCUAUGAUUUGUAACCUUGUUGUUGUUGUUGUUUGCAAAUAAAAUGCCCCCACUUUCUUUAACUGAAAUGUAAAAAUCUCAUAACAUUUAACAUUCCGGCCCUUUGGACGUCCCUGUCCAGCCUGCGUUAAGUCAGUCAUAAAUAUAAAUGAACAAGUAUUUAUGCUGUGCACGCAAUAUAACUGUGUUUCUUUUAUUUUUGAAAAGCCUGGAGUGUUAUUAUUUCCGUAUGGACGUGCGUGCGUGUCUGAACAGUAACAGGUGAUGCUGGUGCGUUAUGCUGGUCAGCUACCCCCAAAAAUGUCAGCUCCCGUUUAAAAAAAGAAAAAAGUUGAUGACAAAUGCCGCAUUUUCAACAAGAUAUGGACUGCAAAAUAUUUAUUUACAGAAAUCAAAGGUAAAGCCGUGUGCUUAGUUUGUCUUACACAGGUCGCUGUGUUCAAAGAUUACAAUCUGAAUCGCCACUACGUGACCAAACACGAGGAGAAAUACAAGAACUUGUCUGAUGAAGAGUCGGAGGCUAUGCUAGCCACGCUACAAACCCGACAAGAACUUUUUUACAAAAAUUCCCACACACAGAGAUGCAGCUGUCAAGACAAGUUAUGUCAUAUCUCACAAAAUCACCAGAAAAAGUAAAGCGUUUUCUAACGGAGAGUUUA